GUAUUAAUUAGAUAAGACGUUCUACGAAAUUCAAUGUACGGCUGGUUUUUCACGAUGAUAAUAACAGUCUUAUCACUAUUCUUUAAACUAUAAAUACUAUGUCCAACAACAGUCAGCAUUGUACUCACAUCGCCUUCUGAGGAAGCAACAGUGAACACAUCAAAAUGAUGAAGAGCCUGAUUCUGGUUGCGGUGCUCGCCGCCCUAGCUGUCUGCAAUGACGCAGCUAGUCUUGAAAGCCCUGCCUUCAGGGCUAACCUGUACCAGGGAGCCAUCAGGCCCGGAGACAGACUGCUGCACAGCAACUACUACUACAAAAAUCCCAUCACCAACGCUGUGCAGUACCAGGACAUCACCUACCGUGGCAACGCCAGCACCAGGAUCUCCUACAUCCAAGCCACUGAGGUCGGCUACACACAGUGGGGUAUCCCAUCCCUCAGGGCUGGUGGUGUCAACUUCAACCACGCUACCAUCAGGCUGACUUCCCAAAGAGGCUACGGCUACUACUACCGUGUUGAGAUCUGGGGUCGUUAAGACAACCACUAAUACGACAAUCUGGACGAUAGACCACCAUAAUGACUUAAUGGCAUGAAAUCGGUAAUAAAGCGGGUAUUAUUGUGUACAUAAGAAAAUAAAGUGAAUCUUAAAGAGUCCUUUAUGUAAUAAAAUUUAUGCAUUGCUAAA